AUUUUUCUCGAGAGGCAAAACCCAGUCAACCAGUAACCAGUUGCUCGCCACACGGCAAUGGCGUACGACGUGUCUGUUUUCGUUGCGGGACAUUUGUCACGUUCUCUAAAUUAUUCUCAUAUUAUUUACUUUGUGUUUGAAAAACUCGUUGAAAUACGUAAGUGCGAAUAUUCGUGUCCAUUCGUGGUGUCAGAUUAGGAAUCGUUGUCGGGUUUUUUUAAGUGAAAAAAUUGUUCAAUAAAAGUGUUGAAAUAUUUAAGUGGAUAACCGGUAAAAGGAACACUCGGAUGUUACAUUAGUAAAAUCCAACAUGGCGUCGGGCGAUCUGUCGUUCGGCUCUAUACCGCCUUUCUACCGUGAAGUUUAUGAGAAAAUAUGCUCGCCGACGAGCGGUAAUGUCGAACGCGAGGUCUUCAGGUCGUUGCUCGUCAAGUCACAGCUGAGCAGUUCAGUCCUCAGUCAGAUUUGGGAACUGGUUGAUAGCAAAGUGGGCUAUCUCACGAGGAGUGGGCUCUACAAGGGUCUGGCUCUGGUCGCGUUCGCUCAAGCGGGCAAACAGCCUAGUGAUAAACUUUUGGAAAACUCAGAAUCUCAAGAACUUCCUGUACCUGUUUUGGGCGAUUGGUCCGAAGUGACGUUCCUCGCUCAGAGACUCUGCCGUGGAAACAAUCCUGCAAAAUUGGGCAUCAAUUACACGGACAUCUGCAAACUGGAUGAUAUAGAAGUUAAUCUCGUGCCUGAAAGGAAAGGCAUUUUUUUGAAACACGUGGAAUAUCUGGUUAGCAGUAAGGCUUUCAAUUCGAACGUGCAUAGGCGUUACAACGAUUUCGUCUCGUUGCACGAGCUCCUGAUCGCAAGAUUUCCUUACAGACUCAUACCGAAGCUUCCACCGAAGAAAAUAGUCGGAGCUGAUUCGCAAUUUCUCGAAGAGCGAAGAAGAUCGUUACUGCGAUUUUUGACGUUGAUUGCGAGGCAUCCAAUAGUGAGACAAGAUCCGAUUGUUCAUUUCUUCUUCACUUACACCGGGGAGGAAACCCAGCACAAAAUCCGCGAAGUUUUCAGGCGAGUUCCGGACGAAUUCGCCACCUCGGAAUUAUCCUCGAGAGCCAAGGAACUCGUGCCCCCUGAAACGUUAACGGAAUUCGCCAAUAGUCGAGACCAGAUCAGGGUUAUACUUUUAGGAAUAUCGAGGCUCAAAAAUAUCGCUGAUUGCCUGGCUAUCAGGUCGCACAGUUAUGCCGCCGACAUGGCUGAAUUGGGGACUCAACUCACGAACCUCGCCGCUGAACCUUACGGUAGCAGUGGCUGGGCCAGUGGCGGAUCUACCGUUUGGCAUGACAUGAAGAAAGGAUUUCACGUUAUUUCAAAGGAAUUCAAUCUCCUGUCGGCGAGAGCCUUGCAACAGGCUGUGAGAGAGGAAACAAUGCUGUGCGAGAGACUCAACCUGCUUCUGGACGUUCUCGUAGCUCAUAGAACAUUGUGCGAGCGUCACGAACGAGGCGUAAGUGCGGAUCAUCAAAGAGCUUUGUCGACGAUGCUGGCUUUAAAGAAACGGCAGAUGCAAGGCGUCAUUCGUGGCACGGAUGCUGACACCGUGGAGUAUUUGGAAAAUAAAAUGGUCGCUCAGGAAUCCGUUAUCGCUAAUGUUGAGCUAAGAAACUCAUUUUCUCUUCAUUGUUUGCACAUGGAAACUCAACUCGUACAUGCCCAUCUCGAAAUACUUGCGACUGUGCUGCAGAGUCUCGUUGAAGUUCAAAUACGCGGACAUUCCGAACUCGCAGAAGUAUGGAAAUUAAUCGAGCCCACGAUCAUGAAGUGCCUCCCCGAGAAAACUACGAUCAAUUCAAACGGUGUAUCGGCCAACGAUGGAACUCUCAAGUGACGGAGAUUUACAGUCUUCAACUGAAUUGUGUUGAAAAAGAACCAACAGAAUUACGAUAUUGAAGUUGGCAUCGUUGAAAUAGAGCAAAAUAAAGUUCAGUAUUUUCUACGAUUGGUAUGCAGAUUCAUGCAGUGGAAACUGGUCGAAUAUAUUUGGACCUCAUCUGCAACGAUUUGAUGAUAUAAAAUUAGUGGAAAGAAUUUUCGUCUUACAACGAUGCAAACUUCGACGCACAACCAGCCGAAAAAUUCUCAUAUCAGUAAUAAAAAACUAACGUUACAGAAAUUAAUAUUUUAUGGUAUUUACAGUCCUCGUUGUGUACUUAAUAUAUAUAUUUUAUCAACUGUAAAAAAAAUUAAGAAUGACGGCACUACUGCAUGUACAUAUCAUAUGUAUAUAUAGAUUUAUGUAUAUCUCAUGUAACUCAUUCAAGAACAAUUGUUACGUCAGGCUAAGUGGGUUGUUGUGUUCUAUGAGUGAAAAAAACGAAAAAUCAAUAAAAUUCGUCCAUUUCCCAAAGAAAAA